UCUGCCAAUCAAAUCAAACCAACUGCGAGAGAACGUACUGUGGCGCUCUGCAUGCCGGGAAGAAGGUCAACUCUUACUACAGAUAAACGUUGAGAGAGUUGUGACAAGUUGGUUGGCCAAUGCGCCAUGUAAGUGGAGGAAGAAAAACUAACUUGAUUGAUGUUCUCAAGUGACCGAGCGGUGUUCGUUUGGUUGCCCUGGUUACUCACCUGCGACGCGGCGCGCCGUGACGUCACUGGAGGGCGACGCGGAAGUGUGGCCGGACGGACUGGCGGGCGGCAGCGCCAUGGAGCAGAUAUUGAUUCUACAAUGGCAGCUCCACCGUCAAUUCGUUUUGUUCCUUCACGGAGAAGAAUGCUCUUGAAUAUAGAUGGAUAUCUACUUGCCAAGAACAAGCAGCGUGGGAACGUGGUCUACUGGCACUGUACUGAGAAGGUUACAGGGCCUUGUUCUUGCUAUGCAAAGACAACCAUCAUGGCAGGAGAGCAUCAACUCAACACACACGGAGAACAUAAUCAUGCUCCUAAACCCGAGAAAACAGAUGUGGCUAUUGCUAAGGAUGCUAUAAAGCGACGUGCUCGGGACACCAAUGACUCACCAUCUCAAAUAAUUCAAUCGGUUACCAGUGAUAUGCCUUCUACAAGUGCACCCUGUUUGCCUAACCGUGAAUCUCUCCGUCAGUUAGUGAAAAGAGCCCGGAGAGAAGAUUGUCCUCCAGAACCCACUUCCUUGGAUGAUAUAGAUGUUCCAGAACAUUUGGCUAAUAUAGAUGACAUCAAGUUUUUGGGAAAGGACAGUGCUUUCCACAAUAAAAGAAACCUUUUAUUUUCAACAGAAGCAAACUUAAAAAAACUUCACGAAGCUUGUUGCUGGGUUAUGGAUGGCACAUUCAAAACUUGCCCCACAUUAUUUCGUCAGAUAUACUCAAUACAUGCCAUGGUUGGAACUGAUGAAACAACACAACGUUUUGUUCCACUUGUAUACGGAUUGCUCAGUAGCAAAAGUGAAGAUUGCUAUACCUGUUUUUUCGAAGAUCUUCAGGAUUAUGCACUGGAGUAUGAUAUAAAGUUUGCUCCGCUGUUCAUUUUAACAGAUUUUGAAAAUGCUGCAAUCCAAGCAGCAAAAAGAGUUUUUCUAGGCAGUACCCAUAAAUGUUGCUUAUUUCAUUUAGGACAAAACAUUUGGCGUAAAAUCCAGUCCUUUGUACUUGCCACACAAUAUGGACAUGACCAUGCUUUUUCAAUGAAAUUAAGGCACCUUCAAGCACUGGCUUUUCUUCCCUCAGAUGAAAUUCCACCUGCUUUUGAGUCUUUAAAAUCAGAGAUGCCCACUAAUGCUGCCCCAUUAAUGAACUAUUUUGAGGACGUAUUAGAGACCGUACUAGAAGUCAAACAAGAUCUCCGCCUAUCUUUCCCCCAAACAUGUGGUCUGUUCACGAGAACAUGCGUGGUGGUUUUCAAAGGACACAAAACAAGUUGGAGGGCUGGCAUAGGAGAUGGAAUAUUGUCCUUGGAGAGAAAAAGCUUGGAGUUUACAAGCUUAUUUUGUGCCUGCACAAGGAACAAAAAGUGACAGCCAGUCUGUUAGAAAAAGUGACUUGCAAUAUUGCCAGAACACCCCCAAAAAGAGAAUACAAAGCUCGUGAAGACGCAUUACAAAGAUGUGUCUUACAACUUGGUACAGUGGAUUUAAUGGAAUAUCUACGUGCCAUAGCUUUCCAUCUUCAAUUUGAAUAAUUUAUUCUCUACAUGGCAAUUUUAAUAUUUUCCUCCAGUUUAUACCUUUUUAAAGUUAUAUAUUUUUUUUUUAAAUGUUACAUUUUUCUAUAAAUUUUUCUUCUAAUAAACAUGUUAUGGAUCCUCACUACUGUUACGACUAAUGAAACCGGACGGAAUCAUCUGCAACCAAACAGGAAGAAGAACGCUAAGCUCAACAGCAGUGUCCUAUGCGGUGAUAUCAUUUUUAUUUAUUGAAUGUUUCAAUGUUAAUGUUAAUUUUUUAAGUUAAAUUUAACACGUUUUAUCAACAUAAUCUUAUACAUUUAAAACAGUUAUUAAUUAUAAUAUAGUUUAUAAUAAAUGUAUACUUCAUUUCA